CAGUCUGUCUCUAUAAAGAUUCAAUUUCAACAACUCCGUGACAUGGAAGUUCAAAAUUCUAGGGUUAGCAGUAUCACACACAGUCACAGAUAGAUCAAAGUCGAGAGAGAUCAAUAAAAAUCAACAAGAAUUAUCACCAACCAAGAACAAACGACGCCGUAAAAUGGACAAGUACGAGAAGCUGGAGAAGGUCGGAGAAGGCACGUACGGAAAAGUUUACAAGGCCAAGGACAAGACGACUGGCCAAUUGGUCGCUCUUAAAAAAACAAGACUUGAAAUGGACGAAGAAGGCAUUCCUCCGACCGCUCUGAGAGAAGUAUCUCUUCUUCAAAUGCUAUCUCAAUCUCUUUACGUUGUUCGCCUUCUCUGCGUUGAACACGUGGAUUCUUCACAAAAAUCCUCCGCCAAUCCGAGUCCCGAUUCGGCUUCGAUUCGAAACCCUAGUUCUAAUGAUAAAUCGAAUCUUUAUUUAGUCUUUGAAUAUCUCGACACUGAUCUGAAGAAGUUUAUUGAUUCGCAUCGUAAGGGCCCAAAUCCUAGGCCUCUUCCGCCGACUUUGAUUCAGAGCUUCUUGUACCAGCUUUGUAAAGGGGUGGCUCACUGCCACAGUCACGGUGUUCUUCAUCGGGAUCUCAAGCCGCAGAAUCUUCUUCUGGACAAAGAGAAAGGGAUUCUGAAGAUCGCUGAUCUUGGUCUUGGCCGUGCCUUUACUGUUCCUCUCAAGAGCUACACUCACGAAAUUGUUACUCUCUGGUACAGGGCUCCUGAGGUCCUCCUUGGUUCCACGCAUUACUCUACUGCUGUUGAUAUGUGGUCCGUUGGUUGUAUUUUCGCUGAAAUGGUGAGAAGGCAGGCAUUGUUUCCUGGCGACUCUGAGUUUCAGCAGUUGCUUCAUAUUUUCAGGUUGCUGGGAACUCCAACGGAGAAACAGUGGCCGGGUGUUACCACUCUGCGGGAUUGGCACGUGUAUCCAGUGUGGGAGCCUCAAAACUUGGCGCGUGCUGUUCCUUCCCUGUGUCCUGAAGGAGUAGACCUUCUAUCGAACAUGCUCAAGUAUAAUCCGGCAGACAGAAUCUCAGCCAAAGCAGCCAUGGACCAUCCCUAUUUUAGCAGCCUUGACAAGUCGCAAUAUUGAAGUUGCACUGCUGCCUCUCUACUUGAAGUUAUUUUUUUUGUUAUUACAUAUAGUAUGGUUUUGUUCGUUGUCAUCAUCUUGCUGAUUUCACCAAUUGAACAAUGUAUUUUGAUUCAGAAAGUGUUGUGUAAUGCCAGUUGAAUUGCUUCAAAGAGUGCAUGAAUAAACCAAAAUCCGAAUAUUGUCCUGGCUGGAUAACAGCCUACAA